UUCUUUUAUUUUGGUGUUCUCAGUUCUGUGAUACAAAUACAAUGCUUGUAAACAACACAUUGGCUUUGCUGGCAAUGUGUAAUUUAAAAAUCCUUUGACGCACAUUGUGAUGAAGAAAAGCCUUAAUGCGAAUUUUAGAUGCUCGUUUGCAUCAUAAUUUCAACUGUGCCCCUUGUUGCAUGAGAAAGUCCUACGAAUGUUGGAGUUAUUGGUACAAAGGAUAAAUGCAGAUUAACGACAAGUAUCAAACGUAGAUUCCAGCAGUUUCCUCCGUGAAUGGAAAGACAGCUACAUAUAUCCAUUACAGCAAAUCCAAAGGCCCAGAAUACCAAAUUUGAGGCAUUACCUCUCACCAUGGACAAUGCAGAAGCCAACAGCUUUCACCUAACGACCGAGAGCAUCAGGUUUUGCAUAGAAUUGUCAGUGAUAACAGACAAGCAACAUUGUGUGAAAUAACUGCACAAAACAAUGUGAGGCAUACGACAAACAUAUCCGUGAGGCCAGUGGGGCGAAAUUUGGUGUUAACGGGCUUUGGUAGCAGACGACUGACACAAGUGCCUUUGCUAACAGCACAACUUCACCUGCAGUCUUAGGCUUGUGACCAUAUCGGUUGGACCAUGAACGACUGGAAAACGGUGAUAAGAGCUAAUGCUGGGGUUUGAAUAUGGUGUAGACCCUAUGAAACCAUGGACCCAAGUUGUCGGCAAGGCAUUAUGGAAGCUGGUGGUCCAGCUAAACCAAUCAUUGACUGCAAAUGGUUAUGUUUGGCUACCUGGUGACCAUUUUCAGCAGUUCAUGGACUUCGUGUUCCCAGGCAAAGAUGGAAUUUUUAUGGAUGACAAUGCACCAUGUCACUGGGCCACAAUUGUAUACAACUGGUUUGAAGAACAUUCUGAACAAUUCGAGUGAAUGGUUUGGCCAUCUAGAUUGCCCGAGAUGAAUGCCAUCAAUCAUUUAUGGGAUAUAAUCGAGAGGAUCCGAAACAUGAGUUUAAGUCGGCUGGGUAGUUCCAUGUACAAAUCGUACCAGAACCUUUUGCGAAGAUACCCCGUCGGAGUACAAGCCGUCCAAACGUCAGUAUUUACUGGUGUGGGCGAUGUUAUUGCUCAGCUAUUCGUCGAAAAGAAGGAGAUGAAGGAUUUUGAUGUAAUGAGACUUCUACGUUUUGGUGCCAUCGGAGGCAUUUACAUCGGUCCAGUUCUGCGAACGUGGUUUGGUUUCCUGGAUUCCAGAUUUAAAGGCAGGAGUGCGAUAAUCGUCGUGAAGAAGGUUGCACUUGAUCAGCUGUGCUUCGUUCCACUUUUCCUAGGCGUCCUAGUGUCGAUUAUUGGGUUUGGAAAUGGAAAAUCUGUAGAUCAGGUGAAAGAGAAACUGGAAGCAGAUUACCCGGAUAUUAUGAUGACUAACUAUAAGAUAUGGCCCUUGGUGCAGACUCUAAACUUCUCCGUCGUGCCAGUCCACUAUCAGGUUCCCCUGGUCCAGGUAGUAGCCGUCGGCUGGAACACGUACAUGUCUUGGAAGGCUCAUCAGCCAGUUCAGAAGAAACAGGAACUCGCCCACGUCGAGUAACUACUGCUGGGAUGUGGCACGCAGCCGUAUCCCUUGGGAUCUGUAAUGCUCAAGUGUUCGCUGUGAAACGAACUUUAUCAGUGAACUUAUCUGCAUUGUCUCUGUGACCUUCAACAGGACAGCCGGAGAUAACAUUUCAAAGUACAAAAUUACAAAUUACAGGAAGGUUCUGAUACUAAAUACAGUAUUCCUUGUACAAUACGCUAAAAUCAUGGAACCAAGAUUUUUUACCCACUUCAGAUUUGUUUUGUCAGUCAAAUAAAAGCACGAUAUUAUCUUUUUCCAUUAAA